UCACAGGUAAAUGGCACAUGUUGUCAAGAAAACGGUGAAGUCAAUUUGCAUACAUCUCCUCUCCGUGCGAAGACCCUCGCUAGUGACAUGACAGGCUAUUCGUUAGGACUUAUAACUCCAUUUUUCCUUUGGAGAAAGACAUGUCGCUUAAACUUUUACUGAAGUGGAAACGGAGAUUAUAUCAUAGAGUAACAAAACGGAAGUCCUCUACUAUCCUUUGUAUAGGGCUUAGUCUUCUCAUCAUUUUCCCAGUCCUCCUUCCUAUGCGGUUCGUGAAUCUCCUCUACCACAGAAGUGUUCCGAAUUAUCAGUGUGGAGUACACAGGAAUCCCUAUUUAGCAGAGGAUAUACUCUGUCAAGAAAGGAAGAAGUUUCUGCCAAAUUUCAAAAAUCCAUGUUGGUAUGAAUUUGACGGAAACGUGACGUAUAAUAAACUCCGAUGUCUGCCCUACUUUCAUAUUUUUGGUGUAUGCAAGUCCGGCACUACUGACCUCUUUUUUCGGUUAAUACAACAUCCUCAAAUAGUUCCAAAUAGAGGUCAGCUCUCCAAAGAAACCUGGUUCUGGUCUUGGCAUCGAUACGGCACAGAUCUCAUGAAAAGAAAUGUUUCAGUCGAUCCGAAGCAGUUUCAACCUUUGGACCACUUCAUAGAUUUCUUCCAAGUUCCACAGAUAUCGCAGAUGAAGGUAUCACCAAAUGGCUCAAAAUAUUCAGACAUCGUUACAGGACAUGCUGACCCCAUGGAUUUUUGGGACAACACGUUAUGGCGAUUUAUUCCCCAGAACGACGAGAAUGAUCUAGAGCCGACCUUCACCACGCCAUAUCUUAUCCGUCAUGUACAGCCCAAUAUCAGACUCAUCCUACUGCUCAGGGAGCCAGUGGAAAGAUUAUACAGCCAGUACUACCAUUUGGGUUUCGGGUCUUCCCCAGAAGAUUUUCACGUGGAUGUAUCGGCCUCCAUUAGAUAUAUAGACAGGUGUCGUAGAUUGGACGGCUUGCGGUCCUGUCUCUACAAUAGGACUCUCAUCAGGGAUAUGCCGACCCCCCUUUAUGCCUCCUUUUACGAUGUCCAUAUAGCAAACUGGUUAGACGCCUUCCCUAGAGAGCAGAUAUUCAUCGUCCGAACAGAAGACUUCUCCAAAGACAUUAGAUUUCAUCUUUUACAUUUGUUCAAAUUUCUCAAAGUUGAUGAUGUGUCAGAAACAGUAUUAAAGAAAAUGUCACAGAUGUCUCGUAGGUAUAAGUCGGUCUUCAAGGACAAAGCAGGACCUAUGCUAAACCGCACUAGGCGCAUGCUUAGAGACUACUUCCGGGAGCCGAUGAAAAAGCUAUCAUACCUUCUUAAUGACCCAAAAUAUACCUGGGCGGAUGUGUACGGAUAGCUCUUCUCGGUGUGUUUUAAGAUCGAGGGUAGCAACAAAUUAAAGAUAACUCUUUUUCUUGCCUCACAAAAAAGAAAAUGAUUUUUGAUUCACACAUUUCUUUAAAAGAAAUGAAUGUUUGAUUUUUUUAAAAUAACAUAUAGCCAGGAAUCUGCCAAGUUUAAUCAACUUUGUUAGAAAUAUGGUUUAUAGCUAAUCGUUAUAGAUUGGUAUAAUGUAAAUGGCAUUGUCUAAGCGUGGGUUCUCUUCCAUUUAUGCAAAGAAGAGAAAGUUUUCAACUGAUGUUCUGUAUGAAUCUGUC